CUUUCCUUUAACUCUCUAACACGAACAGAACCCCACACUACAUUUAAAGCGAGUCACCAUUACCGUCCACAAGUUCUCUAUAACAUACACUUUGUGAUCUCUAUUAUUUUCUAUUUUUUCAAACUGAGCACACACAAAGUUCUUUUGCGGCCAAUCGUUUUGAGCCUCUUCAUCUACUCGACCUGGACAACCUCAUCAGCACCCUCAAGCAUAUUUUCGAUGGCUUCCAUAAGCACUCAAAAAGACUCAUCUUCCUCAUCAUUUUCGUCUUCAAUCCCACAAUGGAAAUAUGAUGUCUUUCUCAGCUUUAGAGGUGAGGAUACCCGUAAUGGUUUUACAGACCAUCUAUAUGCUGCCUUGAUACAGAAGGGCAUUGUCACCUUUAGAGAUGAGGAAAAACUUGAGAGAGGUAAAUCCAUUUCACCAGAGCUCUUGAAAGCAAUAGAAGAAUCCAAGUUUGCAAUUGUCAUUAUCUCAAGAAACUAUGCAUCUUCUUCAUGGUGCUUGGAUGAACUUGCAAAAAUCAUUGAAUGCAUGAAAGAGAUAGGAACAACAGUUUGGCCAAUUUUUUAUGAUGUGGAUCCAUCUAAUGUGCGUAAACAAACGGGAAGUUUUGCCCAAGCCUUUGCUACACAUGAGGAGCGUUUCAAGGAUCACAUAGAGAAGGUGCAAACCUGGAGAGCUACUUUGAAAGAAGUGGCCAAUCUUAAAGGGUGGCAUUUACAGGAUAGGCCUGAGUCAAUAUUUAUCCAAAAUAUUGUGGGAGAGUUAUGGCAUAAAUUGAGUUGUGCAUUCUCAGAAGAUAUUGAAGACCUUGUAGGAAUAGAAUCUCGAGUGAAAAAAUUGGAGUCAUAUUUGGCUAUAGAGUUUAACGAUAUUCGCAUUGUAGGGGUUUGGGGGAUGGGGGGAAUUGGUAAAACAACUCUUGCUAGAGUUGUUUCUCGUAUGGUUGCUAAGAAAUACGAAGGCUAUUGUUUUCUUGCUAAUGUUAGGGAGGUUUGUGAAAAAGAUGGUUUAGUUUCAUUACAAGAACAACUUAUUAGUCAAAUUUUAAAUGAAAAUAUCAAUAUACAAAAUGUUGAUGAUGGGGUGUACGUGAUCAAGAAUCGAUUACGUGAUAAAAGAAUUCUUCUUGUUCUUGAUGAUGUAAAUCAAUUAGACCAGUUAAAAAAGUUAGCUGGGAAGCAUAAUUGGUUUGGUUUAGGUAGUAGAGUUAUCAUAACAACAAGGGAUAAGCACUUACUACAUAUUCUUGAAGUAGAUGAAAUAUACGAAAUUGAAGGAUUGAAUGAUGAUGAAGCUCUUCAUCUUUUGAGUUUGAAAGCUUUUCAUAAUGACCAUCCUCCCAAAGAUUAUCUGGAGUUGUCUAAAGAUGUUGUACAAUAUACUAAAGGUCUUCCUCUAGCUAUUGAGAUUUUGGGUUCCUUUUUGUUUGGUAGAAGCAUUAAUCAAUGGAAAAGUCUAUUAAGUAGGCCAACAGAAUUUCCUGAACAUGAAAUUCUGCAAGCACUUAAAAUAAGUUAUGAUGGAUUACAUGAAACAGAGAAAAAAAUAUUUCUAUAUAUUGCAUGUUUCUUUAAUCAUAAGGACAAAGAUAGUGUAGUAGAAAAACUAAAUUAUCUUGGCCUUUAUCCGGAUGUUGGAUUAGAGGAUCUUGUUGACAAAUCUCUCAUAAAGAUGAGUGACAUUGAAGUGUGUGUGCAUGAUUUACUACAAGAAAUGGGCAGGAAAAUAGUUUAUGAAGAGAGCCCUGAAGAGCCUGGAAAGCGUAGUAGUCUGUGGUCAUUUGAGGACAUUAACAAUGUUCUAACAAAAAAUACGGGAACAGAAGCAAUUCAAGCCAUAGUCCUAAAGCUGCGUGAAUCGAAAGAGGCAGAUUGGAAUCCUGAAUCUUUUUCAAAGAUGCAUCAUCUUAAAUUGCUCAUAAUUAAUAAUGUUCAACUUCUUCAUGAACCCAAACAUCUUCCUAAUGGCUUAAGAUUUAUUGAUUGGAGUGGAUACCCUUCAAAGUCUUUGCCAUUAAAUUUCCAAUCAAACGAGCUUAUUGAACUUCACAUGUGCAAUAGCUACAUUGAACAACUUUGGAAAGGAGCAAAGUCUUUUGAGAGGUUGAAAAUCAUCCAAAUGAACCAGUCUUCAAAUCUUAUAGAAACCCCUGAUUUCACCAAAGUUCCAAAUCUUGAGCAAUUGGUCCUAGAAGAUUGUAUAAAUAUAACUGGGGUGCACCCAUCAAUUGGAGUUCAUAAAAAGCUUACUCUUCUCAAUUUAAAAGGCUGCAAAAACCUAAAAACUCUUCCGAACAAGUUUGAAAUCGAGUCUCUUAAUAUUCUUAUUCUUUCUGGUUGCUCAAAAGUAAGAAAAAUCCCAGAAUUCAGAGAAAAUAUGCAAUGUGUAUUGGAGCUUUACUUGGAUGGAACUGCUAUUACUAAACUACCCACAUCAAUUGGGUAUUUGACUGGCCUUGCUUUAUUGAAUAUAAGAGAUUGCAAAAGUCUUACGUGUCUACCAAGCACCAUUUUUAAUUUGAAAUUUCUUAAAAAUGUGGAUAUUUUUGGAUGCACAAAAUUGGGGAGACUGCCAGAGAAUUUGGGGAAUGCAGAAAGUAUAGAGAAGCUUGAUUUGGGCCAAACUGCUAUAAGACAUGUGCCUUCUUCCAUUGUUCUCCUAAAAAAUCUUAAAGUGCUAUCUUUCUAUGGAUGCAAGGGGUUGUCAUCAUCUAAUAAUUCAUGGUAUGAGCUCCUCACUUUUUAUUUUAUGUCAAGAAGUCCAGAUCCUAUGGGAUUGUCCUCUCUAUUGGGUUUGUGUUCAUUGACUGAAUUGAAUCUUAGUGAUUGCAAUCUCAAGGCAAUCCCCAAUGAUGUUGGUUGCUUAAAUUGUUUAGAAACAAUGGACCUAAGUGGAAAUACUUUUGUUUGCCUUCCUGAAAGCAUCGGUCAACUAUGUAAGUUGAGAGAAAUGUUUUUGACAAAUUGCACAAGUCUUCAAUCAUUGCCAAAGAUUCCAUUAAAUAUUGUUUCUAUUAGGGGAUAUGGUUGUGUCUCAUUGGAAACAGUACCAGAUCUACUGAAACCUAAUUAUUUAUGUGAGGCAGAGCUUGUUCUUUCAAAUUGCAGUAGAUUGGCUAACAAUCAAGGUGUCAUUGACAUGUUUUUUGCAGUGAUAAGAAAGCACCUUCAGGGAUUUUCUUUUGACAAUAGACAUGACUUUCAAGAUUUUGACAAUAGACAUGACUUUCAAGAUUUUGACAAUAAAUGGUAUUAUGAAAUCCUUAUUCCUGGAAGUGUAAUUCCGAAGUGGUUUAGCCAUCAAAGCAUGGGGGCUAAAGUGACUAUAACAGUAUCUUCUUAUUUGUGUGACGAGUGGAUGGGAAUUGCUGUUUGUGUUGUAUUUUGUUCACUUCCACAUCACCAAAUUGACCUGGAAGGUGUACUUGAGUGUUGGUUGAUGGUCAACGGAAAAUAUAUGUCUUGUGCACCAAGCAUGAUCACAUUUGUUGCUUUAUCAGAUCAUAUUUGGCUACUUUAUGUGCUUCGUCAACGUUACAAGGAUGACGAGGUGGACGUAAAAUUACUGAAGGAAUGGGAAGCAAAUGAAUUCAAACAAAUUGGUAUUGAAAUUGUUGCUAGUCCAGGCUUGGAGGUGAAGGAAUGCGGAUUCCGUAUGGUAUACAAGAAAGACAUAAAAGAUCUCAACCAAACUAUGGCUCAGAGUAGCAACACCAGCAUCAUUCCUUAUGGGGACUUAGGUGUUCUCCGUUAUAAUUUCGACAAUUCGGUAGUGGUAGCAGAAGGCAACCAAGAAAAGCGAACCCGUGAUAAUUAUGAUGGGGUUGGAGCUAGUGGAGACGGAAGCUCCAAUGAUGUGCCGCACCCAAAAAGGAUUGAAAGGCUUGCAGAAUUUAACAACCAUGAUAACUCUGAUUGUGCGAAGUCAAGUGGGUACAAGGAUUGAAGUGAUGAGUUUAUUGAGUGGCGGGAAUCUAGUGAAACUGAUUUGGAAUGUUGAUGGAAUUUGAAGGGUUCAAAAUACUUUGAUUAUUGGACUCGUUCAUAAGGAGAAAAUAUCACACAGCCAAGAGACAAGAAGACUAGUGCGGUCCAUUGUACGCUUCUAAUUUUCACCUACUCUAAUAGAUUACAGGGUAAAAUCUGCACUUUUGCUGCCUAUAUAAUUCAUCUUUUUAAAAUUUUUUCAAAGUUCAAAAACAAUAUAUGUAUGCCACUGCAAACAUUAUAAUUGGAAUUAAUUAUUAUGUCGUUACAUAUUAUAUAUGAGAACUUGUGUAUAGAUCACAAUUAGAAUGAUUAGUCUAGCUAGAUGUAGCAUCAAGCUUCCUCGCUAAAGGUUUCCUACGGUUUUGUACCGAUAACCUUCAACCAAAAAAACUUUUCUUUUGGUUUGGUUUUAGAGAAUGGACAAUUAUUCUAUUAUUAUUAUUAUUUUUUUUUGCUCUGAAAUUUUUAUUAUUUUAAUG